CAAUGUUUCUCAGAAUAUUUGGAAUAUUCCAUAGGUCAUUCUUAUAUAUUUAUCUUAUGUUAGUGGAAUAUUCGACUCCCGUACAGCACCGAAGCUUUCAGAAACAUUUUAGAAAACAUUGUUGCAAUGUUUCUGAAAGCUUUGGUGCUGUAUGGGAGUCGAACAUUUCACUAACAUCGAUAAAUAUAUAAGAAUGACCUAUGGAAUAUUCCAAAUAUUCUUGAGGAAUAGUCUUAAAAUGUUGAUGGGAGUGUCUUGUGCUAUCCGGGGAUCGAUUAGAAUUCCAUAGGUCAUUCUUAUACAAUUUAUCUUAUGUUAGUGAAAUGUUCGACUCCCGUACAGCACCAAAGCUUUCAGAAACAUUGCAACGUACAUUGCAACCAUGUUUUCUAAAAUGUUUCUGAAAGCUUCGGUGCUGUACGGGAGUCGAAUAUUCCACUAACAUAAGAGGGUGCAUAAUAAUUUCGUCAAUGGCUGUACCCCCGAUGCACCGGCGUGUGUACGAUGCACGCAGCUGCGAAUUAAACGAGGUAAGUCUAAAUAAAAGUUGACUCGUCAAUACAAAUGUUAAGGCGUAAAAAGGCGUCGCAAACUGAGGGUUGAUUCUGUACCUUACCCUACAGUAAAAAUGCUAAAAGCGAGUAUAGCUUUGUCUCUUUCCAACCGUUCUCUUAGAAGAAGACAAAGCCGCUCACUUUUAACAUUUUCACUAUAUUGCAAGAUACGGAAUUGACCUCCUGAUGUGGGUAAGCGAUUAACGCGGGUAGAGGUAAUGCAUGUUUACUUCGCAAAUUCGAAAAUGGGAGGGAAAGGAAUCGCUGAGAUAGGCGCGCGAUGUCCGGGGGCGAUGCGAAACUAUCCGUCGGUCACGACGCGCAACAAUGGCCGCUCCCAUGGUUACGUGCACAUGCAGAACCUGUUCCAAGACUCGCGUAACGCUCGAGAGAAUCUUCAGCGUCCUAGACACUUACGGCUGGUUGUUAGACUCGUACGUCGUGGACUUCUUCCAAGAGCAACUGUGGGAGAAACUGCCGAGCAGCUGGAGGAGCACGCUGCAAACCGUGUCGCCCGACGAGUUCGGCAAGUGGUUAGCUGGCGACAUCUCGUGCUCUCGCGUAUGGCCACUGUCGCUGCUCGCGCUUCGACAGGUCGCUAGAAAUUUGCAGCUGAAUAGAGAUCAUCGAGAUGACGGGAGCGCCUGGCGAUGCGACGGGGGGAAAAAGUUCAAAUGCAGUUCGGAAAGUUCCGCCUUGGGAGAUAAGGAUGAGGGAUUGCGCGACACACCCGCUGCGAGCAGGCACGACAAUCUCUUUCUGAAGCACGUUAAACGAAAGAAACGGCACGAGAUACAACAAAUAGCGCGGAUAUGCGCGGACUGUGCGCGCGACUCCAACGCCAGGUGCAUUGUGGACGUUGGCGCGGGCGUGGGUCACUUGGCGCGAUCCUUGGCGUUUAAAUACGACCUACACGUGAUAUGCAUCGAACAGGAUGCAUCACUGUCACAGCAGGCCAGGAAAUGGGAUAACGAAUUGUUAAUGACCCUGUCUAAACAUUUGCCUGACUUGCCAGCAAACGCGCCGCAACACGUGUCGAUCAAACUGGGAAAUAUCAACGCCGAUCAGUCAGGGGCGAUCAGGGACAUACGGGGGAUGUUCCCCGAUAGCUUUAAUUUGACCGAGAAGCAAUCCGAGUUCGGCGUUGUCGGGCUGCAUCCAUGCGGAGAUCUCGCGGCCACGUUGCUGAGACUUUACGCGUCUCCGUGCGGGCCAAAAUUCAUUUGCAUCGUGGGGUGCUGUUACAUGAAGCUGACGUUGGAAAAUCCAGCGGAUAUUUCAAACGGCUAUCCACUCAGUAGAUAUCUGUCGUCAUUUGCAAAAUGCAAAUUAUCUUACACAGCGCUAGAAGUGGCGUGCCAUGCUAUCGAGAGUUACUGCGAUAAGCUAAAAACUGGGGACUAUGAGGAUCUAAUAGUGCACGCUUACAGAGCCGCUCUAGAGACCAUUUUGAUAAAACGAAGCAGCCAGCUGCGUCGCACUCAAGUGAGGAACGUUAAAGUAAAGACGAGAUCCGUUACCUUUGAACAAUACUGCGCGGCCGCAACCGCAGACUUCGAGCCGAAUCACCGACCCGGAGGCUCGGACUUUCAAAAUCCGCGGAUAAAGUCUUAUCUGAGCCAGUGGCGGCAGAUUGUGAUAUUUGGAGCGUUGCGUACGAUGUUGGCACCUUUGGUGGAGACCGCGGUGUUGCUGGACAGAUUUCUGUAUCUUUCCGAAAGUGAUUUAUCUCCAAUACUGAAGCCUAUUUUCGACCCCAGAUUGUCUCCUCGAAAUUUUUUACUGUUCUCAGUGAAAAAUACCGAACAAUCGCCCUGUUGAUUAUGUCAGAAUUUUUUAAUACUUUUUACUAAAAUAUAAAAAUCAAUUAUCGAAUUAAAUUGAAUGUCAAUUUGAUGAAUCCUCUCUUGUUGAUAAAAAAGUGCCCGUAAAAGAUCAGUCGAUGAGAAUUCUUCAAAAAUUUCCAAAACCAAUUUUAGUCGCACCUUUACCGAGAAAGAAGGAUUUAUUGCGGAACAUGGGCCAAACUCUCUUCGACUCUGGUUGUCGCGACAACUUCCGGGAAUUAUUAAGUACCGGCCGUGUGCCCAACAUCUGUACGAGAGAGAAAGGUGAAACGGGAAGCACACGUUUGCAUAAGUGCAUAAGGAAUUUGAUUAAUCCACUUCCUUAUGUAUUUGCUUAUGGAUCAAUCAAUUUCUUUAUGCAUACGCUUAUGCCAUGCACUCAUAGACUUCUAUACUAUAUACUACUAGACUGCUAGCUUCGAGCUAAAAAGGGAAGCAAGAGCACCGCCAUAUCUUGUAGGGCAAAUAAAGUAGUAAAUGCCUUUGCACGUAAAAACGUGUUAACCGUAACCGUAAUUUUAGUCCGUGCAACCCAACUAAAAUUCCGUAACCUACGGAAUUAUACUUGGAUUGCUCCAUUUGUCUGUACGUGUUGAAAACUACGAUUACGGACUAAAAUUACGGUUACGGUUAACACCUUUUUACGUGCAAAGGCCUUAAGUUUUUAAGCGGAGGGAGCACAAACUUUUGCAUAAGUGCAUAAGCAGAUACAUAACGAAUUUGACUGGUCCAUUUCCU